AUGCUGACGGAUCCCUCCAGGCGGGCGCGCGCUAUCGAGGAACAGCUCAUCAAGCUCACCGAGAGCAACGCUGCCGGCGCCGAGCUUGCGGCUCUUCUGCAAGAAUACCGCGUCGCCUGCGAGAAUGUACUCUUCGCCGACUUCCAGUUGGCUUCGGCCAACCAAGUUGAGCCUCAGCUCUGGAGCGCUCACUUGAAGGUGAACACCAUCUUCCGAAAGGAGAACCGCUCGCUGAAGAAGCAUGCGAAAGAGCGUGUUGUCGAAUUCCGAAAGCUGCAGAAGAACUACCUGCAGUUCAUCAAGGCGAGUCAGCGCUUCUAUCGCCAAUAUAUUUUGAAUCUGGACGCCCAAUUUGAGGGCAUUCCCGAGCUGCGCAAGGUUGCCUGCACGUGGAAGGAUGAUGCUUCCCGUACCUCCAACCGCCAGCGUAUCGCCGCCUCUCUCAAGAGCCAGGUCCUACAAUCCUGCUACCAAACGCUCAUCCAACUUGGCGACCUCUCCCGAUACCGCGAGACCGAACUCGGCGACGAGAAAGAGCGCAAGUGGGGUCCCGCCAUAGGUUACUACAACCUGGCGGCUGAUAUAUACCCUGACUCUGGACACUCUCAUAACCAAUUGGCUGUGAUUGCGCGCGAGGAUGGAAAUCACUUCCGCUCCGUCUACCAUAUAUAUCGUUCUCUCGCCAGCAAGCACCCAUAUCCCCAAGCCCAGGGAAACCUAGAAUUGGAAUUUAAGAGGAUCGUGGCUGCUUGGGAGAAGGGAGAAUUGAUCAAUAACCACCGGACUGUCGACGGCACGAAUUCCGCACGUGCCCUUAACGCGUGGUUUGUUCGCCUACACAGCAAGUGCUACAAAGGGGAGGACUUCAAAGAGCACGAUGAGCUUGAGGGUGAAGUGCUCAGCCAGCUAGCCGUCGAGCUCAAGGAGCGCUCUUUGGAAGGUGUCCUCCAAAAGAUCAUCUCGAUCAACUUGGCUGCCGAGUACUUCUCCACGAUGCAGUUGCAGGGGCCAUCACCUCCGAAGAAUGUCAUGAAAACUUACUUCUACUUUCUCCGCCUGAAUGUCAAGACGUUCUUCACUUUGCUUCAGGUUAUGCAGCCCGAGCUGGAGCGCUCCUCUGAAGGCGAUGAUGUUAACCAGAACGGCGAACGCGCCCCACAGCUUUCCGACAAGAUUACUGCUGUUGCGCGUCGCGUGCUUCCUGGUCUUCGAUUGUACAGCACGUGGUUCACGCGAUUUUGGCACGUGCUCAACGCAAAUAUCGCGGAUACGUUGACAAAGGUCGAGGUGCAAGAGCUUUGGAAGGCCUACGCCGCGACGCUGACCCUGUUAACUUCGAGCUUCCCCACAGACCAGCUUCCCCAGGACCCUUCCGACAGUUACAUGCUCGAGGAAGACAUCGAGACGAUCGGAUUCCAGCCGUUGGUCUCGCCUGAGACGAUGAGGGUGUGGUACAGGGAUGGUAUUCUGAAGCCAAAGUGCACGGAUGUAGAACGCAGCCAUCCGAACGUCGAGAUGCUCAUGCGGGUUAGAGACCUACUGAUCGAUGGGUUGAUGCUCACGCAGAAUCCGGACGCCCCUCUUGACCUCGAUGGCCCUCGCUUCAUCUAUCGGGAGGAAGGACUGCCUUCCGAAUUGCUCGCAAGCCCACACAAUCGCACUGAUGGCUCUCCCAUGAUACCUGUUGAACCUGUGGACUUCCCUCUUUUCCCAUCGCAGGCGCCGGCUGCGGAGGACCAAAAGUCUCACAGCGUUGUUGCGGCCUCGGAAACUGCCUCUACUAUGGCAGCCAAGGACUCCGCCAUGAACCAGAUGGUGGAUGACCUGGUUGGGCCAGACGAGGGUUUGGAUCCUUUGCCUGAAGAAGAUGAGAACAUCCCGCCAACGCCCCCGGCCAACACGUUUGAGGAUACAGCGUUGGUCUCGGAUGGCACGUAUGGUCCGGCAACGCUCUCCAUCAGUGACCUCGUCAACACUGUGCAGAAUUACAAGAAACCCAACGGCUCUCCAGCUCCAGUCACUCCGUUGUUGUCGACACCCAUGGGUCGUGCCGCCUCAUCCUCAUCGAUGCGCGGACCUGCUAACCUUCCUUCUCUUCCGGAUGGGCAAUGGAACGCGACUUCUAUCUGGAAUCGAAACUAUGACGGAACACCUGGACCAUCUUCUCCCUCGAUGCCCAAUAACGAGAACGACCUGCGUAGUUCUCCUAUGGACGGUGUGCGCGCCCCACCUGGACUUUCUGGACACGUCCGUGGUGACUCCGCGACCUCGUUUCGCAGUUCCGAUUUCUCCAUGUCCAGCACGAUCCCGGCUAACCGUCCCGUUUCUGGCGUUCAAGGUGGCCUUGGGAGUGGUGCUGCUUGGGGGAACCCUGCUGCUUCGAACUGGGGCCCUGUCUAUGGGAAUGGUGCCGCGAAUGGUGCGUACGGCCAUGGCGUCUACGGUAACGGUUCCGCGUAUGGGCAGCAAUAUGACCACCGCAACGGCCAGUACAACCAGUCGCUCCGCGCCAGCGACUAUGGACUGGCGAGCCCAUUGUUGUUCAAUAGCUCCUACAUUGAUCCGCAACACAGCUCGUAUGGACAGACUCCGCCCAAUGGGCAAGGUGGUUGA